AUGAAGGGGUCGUCAUUGUUCAAAUUUAGCCCUUUCGCAAAAAUUCAUCAACCUCUUCCUCGUACGCCAAGAGAAUCAGCGCAAUUACUGAACGCCCUUACGUCCUCCUUCCGUCGCCAGCUUGAUCGAGAGUACCCAUCAUCAUCAUCCUCCUCCGCCAAUAACGAUGAGACCGGCGACAAUCCAUUAUCCUCCGUUCAUGCGACCGACAAACAUCUGAGGACUAUUUUGGAGAAUCCUCUUUUCCGAGUCACUCCCUCAAAUGCAGCUAGUCCUGCCCACCAAUCCGGUCUUGGACCACUUCAGGAGCAGAAACUGGCGACUGAGCCUAUGACAGUCUUCGAUGAGUUGGUUGCCUCGGGUUCUGUUAAUAAGACCGCUCUGUUCAACUGUUUGAGGGCCCAGCUAGUGCUCGCCAGCGCUCAUACCGGCGAUGGAGUUGUAGACGCGAUGAAGAAGUCUAAGGCUGGUUCCAAAAUCGUGUCCUGGUGGUACGCAUCCGAUUCGGAAUCCAGGAAAAUGCUAUUCACGAUACGAUCGUCAACCGUCACACUCCUAAAAUUCAUGGUCGCUGAGGGGCUACAGAAAACGGCGAUGGCCUGGCUGGCAAUGCUAUUGAACCGUGACCUGGGUGGUACUGACGGUCGCAUAUCGGAGGCCAUGGCCCAAACCGUGGCUCGCAAUUUCCUGCUCGACCUCUUGAAAGCUGAGAUUCAGUACGGAGAGGGUUUGGUGUCGGCCAUGAGAUAUUAUUUGGAGGCGAGCAGGCUGCCAAUCUCUACAGAUUACGAACUCGGCCUUGUUCAAUACAAGAAAGCGCUACUAAUGCCUGCAGCCGGGUUUUUGUGCCGCGCAGCCAUGGAGGAUGAGCAAUCACAGCUCAAACAGAUGCCUCUUGAGAUGUACGAUGAAUAUGUGAGGAUUAUCGCUUCAUGGUCUCUCAAGUCGUUACUACUAGCUUGCGUGCCUCUUUUCCACCCAACCCGACCCGACGCCACCCGCUUUGUGCAAUUUACAGAGAGAAUAUCACGAGUUCGGCUCACAACAUGGCCCAAGACGAAAAAGGAGAACUUUGUGCUCUAUGCCAUUACCGCCAUUCGUAUCUUGGUCGAUCAGCAAAAAUUCGCGGAAGCUUCAUACUUGGCACGCUUCAUUCAGGAGAAUUUACCAGAGAAGAUUGGCCAGGACUCAGCAUCCAGCACGUUUGAUCAAACCGAAGCAGAAGUCAACGGUAAAUCGCUGGAGGAUACUGCUAGAGAGGCCAAGGGCGACAGCCGUCCACGAGAGCGUGACCAAGCGCUGCCUGCAGAGUCCGUCCCCGAUCCAAACCAGAGCAGCUCGGAAGGAACCAAGUCUGCUGAAGACUCCAAAACUGUCGAUCCUUCAACUUCUCCAGAACAGGCCCUCGCUGGGGCUGUGACUGAGGCUCAACCGCCAUCUACCGCAGACACAGCGCAAGUUGGAGACAAACAAGAGCACAACCCGUCUUCGGCACCGGUCAAUGAUGACAAAGCUGUCCCUGAAGAACCUACGGAACCUGCACGUAAGAAGCAGAAAAUUAACGAAGGGAAUGGUGUGGUCAAAAACGGUCAACCAGCUUCCACGGCCGCCGGUGACUCGACCUCGAAUGCCACUCGCAACGGUGAGCAAAAGUCAGGGCGCUCUAAGAAAGUGAAAGACGCAGUGAAGCGUAUAGUUCAUACAGAUGUCAAUUUCUCUUCGAGCACUCAUCAAUUGAAUUUCACAGUCAUGUCGAGCAAUAAGAUCUGGUUGCGCGCUGAGACCAAGCCCGCCGAGGCUCGGUCUGCCUUGACCCCGACUACCUGCAAGGCCCUUAUGGAUGCCGGCUUCGAGGUGACUGUGGAGCGUUCCACACAGCGGAUUUUCGACGUUGUACAGAUCGGCGCCCCCCUCGUCGAAGAAGGCUCAUGGGUGAAGGAUGCACCCAAAGAUGCCUAUAUCCUGGGUCUGAAGGAGCUUCCCGAAGAUGAUUUCCCCCUUGAGCACGUUCACAUCUCCUUUGCGCACUGCUACAAGCAACAGGCUGGUUGGGAGAAGGUUCUCAGCCGGUGGCCCCGCGGAGGCGGCACCCUCUUGGACUUGGAGUUCCUCACAGAUGACAGCGGACGCCGAGUAGCUGGGUCUGCUUUGGCCGUUAAGAACUGGGCCUGGCAAUUGACGCAUCCUGAGGGCGAGCCCCUUCCUGGCGAGACUCCCUACGCAAACCAGGACCUGUUGAUCGAGUCAGUGAAGGAGUCGUUGGAGUCUGGCAAGAAGCAGUCCGGCCGGCCACCCAAGGUGCUUGUCAUUGGAGCUCUUGGACGCUGUGGCAAGGGAGCCGUUCAGCUGGCCAAGGAUGUCGGAAUUCCCGAGUCCGAUAUUAUCCAGUGGGAUAUGGAAGAGACCAAGAAGGGUGGUCCCUUCAGAGAGAUUGUCGAGGAUGCAGACAUUUUCAUCAACUGCAUCUACCUCUCCGCUAAGAUCCCUCCUUUCGUCGACACCGAAACUCUCUCUUCUCCUAACCGCCGCUUGUCCGUCAUUUGCGACGUGAGCGCCGAUACAACCAAUCCCAACAAUCCUAUCCCUGUCUAUUCCAUCACAACCACUUUCGACAAGCCCACAGUCACUGUUCCCCUUUCCGAACGGGCCCAGGGCCCUCCAUUGAGCGUGAUCAGCAUCGACCACCUCCCCUCCCUCCUUCCUCGUGAAAGCUCCGAGAUGUUCAGCGAAGCCUUGCUGCCGAGCCUACUGCAACUCAAGGAUAGAAAGAACGCUCGUGUCUGGAAGCAAGCAGAGGACUUGUUCAACGACAAGGUUGCUAACUUGCCCGAGUCGAUCCGCGCUUAA